AUGGCCUUUGUUCUGGGUCUAGUCGGUGGCGCCGUCCGCCAUGCCGUCAAACGAGAAAGAGAAAACCAGUCUAGCUACCAAGAUCAUCAAUCAUUGUUACGCAAUGUCGACGGCUACAACUACAGCAACAAUAACAACAGCCCAUACCAUCAGCAACCACCGUGCCCAUGUCUAGGGACUCAUCUUCCACAAUAUCCCUGCGAUCCGUACCGGUCGCACGAAGCUCAUGUACCAGUAUCAAGGCGUGAAUUCAAGCGCGACUUGAGACGAGCCCGACGUACCGAGCAGCAGCAGCAGCAGCACAUACAGAGAGCCGAGGCGUGCCGACAGCCCGGCUAUUCCAGCGCGGUACCGGCGGUGGUAUACACGGAUCACAAUCUGGGCAACACGGAAGGCAGCCAGAGAAGAGGUGUAAUCCGUGGCACGGCAAGAGAUCUGAGCCAAAACAUGAGCAACACCACGGCUCCGCCGGCCUAUGUCGGGAAUCGGCGGGCCUCGUCUGAUCAAGGCGAUCUCCAAGACGAAUCAGAUGCUCCGCCCCCCUAUGAGCAAAUUCCCGUGGAAGCCAGAAGGCGGCAAUCUGUAGAAGUCUUGACAUCCAACAGUCGGGAGAGAAAGAUGGCCUAA